AUGUCUUCCAGAACCGCAUUCCGUCUCACCAGGGCCGCCAGGCCUCUAUUCUCCGUCCCUCGCACAUCUGCUCCUCGGGCCAUCCCCGCCGCAACUCGUGCUUUUCAAAAGUCGGCCAUUCGCAUGAAGAGCGAUGUCGUGCAAGAGACCGAGAUUCCCGUCAGCGUCUACUCUACUGAUGCCAAGGGCACUGGACAGAGCUCCAGUGACCACUUCUCAAUUCCCGUCUCGAGAGAGAACGCCAAGCCCACACCCGUGCCUACGGAAGGCGAGAACGUCACGCCCUUGACACAGCAAGUCUAUGAUACACUCCCCCCUACAAUGCAAAAGAUGUCCAUCAUGGACAAGGUGGUCAUUGUUACAGGUGGUGCUCGUGGUCUUGGUAACUACAUGGCUCGCGCCUGUGCCGAGGCUGGUGCCAAAGCCCUGGUUAUCUUUGAUGCAAACCAAGAGUUGGGUGAUGAAUCCGCUGCCGAGUUGCACCAGAAGACUGGUCUCCCCGUGACCUUCUUCAAGGUGGAUGUUCGUGACGGAGCCGCCAUCAAUGCUGCUGUUGACUCGGUGGUUUCGCUGUACGGAGCCCCUGAUGUUCUUAUCAACUCUGCUGGUAUCGCCGACUCCAACAUCAAGGCGGAAACUUAUGAUCCCGCCAUGUUCCGACGCUUGAUUGAUAUCAACCUGACUGGAUCCUUCCUCAUGUCGCAGGCUGUCGGUCGUGCCAUGAUGGCCGCCGGCAAGCCGGGAUCAAUUGUCCUGGUUGCAUCCAUGUCCGGUAGCAUUGUCAACUACCCGCAGGAGCAGUCUUGCUACAACGCAUCCAAGGCAGGCGUCAUUCAGUUUGGCAAGUCUCUGGCUGCCGAAUGGGCCAAGUACAACAUUCGUGUCAACUGCAUCUCCCCGGGCUACAUGGAUACUGCUCUUAACCGCGUUCCUGCUCUUGAUGCUCAAAAGAAGAUCUGGAAGAGCCUUACUCCCCAGGAUCGUCUCGGCAACGUCGACGACCUCAACGGACUUGCUGUUUUCCUGGCAUCCGAUGCAUCUUCCUUCAUGACUGGAAGCAAUGUCAUCAUUGACGGAGGCUACACCCUGUACUAA